AUGACGUGGUUAUCGAACUCAAUAACAGGGCUUGGCCUACUGUUUCUGGCACAUGCCUGUUACUCUGCACACGAGCAUUCUGCUCUCCAUUCCACAAGCACGGCCUCUAUAUCCUCAAUUGUAUCUCACGGCACAUCUGCUCCUACUGUUGCAUCUCUCCCUCUCGACAUAUCCCUCGAAACCAUAGUAGCCGUCUUUACCGUCUGCUUGGGCCUCGUCCUGGGCACACCCGAAUUACGCCCCAUACAAUGGCGCGUCUGGGCAGGCAAGAUUGAGCGGGAAGGGGAGAAAGGCUUCAUGAAUGGCGACGGACAAACGGAUAAGGACUACGUCGGGAACCCGUUCAAAGUGUUGGAGAGCAGGCCCGGUUUCAUAGAUAUCAGGAAACAAAGAAAGGAAUUUGCGGAGUGGGUGAGGGAAGGCGGAGGCACUUCUGCGGCCCCAAAAAGCUAG